AUGUAGUAUAUGUACGUAAAAGAAGACUGUAAAGCUAUGGCUUUCUGUGCAAAAAUGAGGAGUUCAAAGAAGAAUGAAGUCAACACAGAAGUUCAGGCGCAAGGACUGGAAAUGAAAUUCUACUUAAAAGAAAAGACUUCCAUUUAUAUAAGCGGCAAGUACACAGCAGAAGAACUUUGCAUUGAAGCUGCACAAAAAUGCUCUAUUUCUCCUUUGUGCCACAACUUGUUUGCACUCUUUGAUGAAAGUAGAAAGCUCUGGUAUGCGCCAAAUCAUGUCUUCUGUAUUGAUGACAAAACUUCACUCUGUGUUCAUUAUCGCAUGAGGUUUUACUUUACUAAUUGGCAUGGAACAAAUGAAAAUGAGCCAUCUGUCUGGAGGCAUUCUCCAAAGAAAAAGAAUUCUUACGAAAAGCGAUCAGUACAAGAAGGAACGCCUCUCCUUGAUGCAAAUUCAUUAGAAUAUCUCUUUGCUCAGGGUCAGAAUGACUUGGUAAAAGGUCUUGCACCUCUUCGGGAAGCUAAAAACGAUCAAGAAUCGCAUGAAAUUGAAAAUGAAUGUUUGGGUAUGGCUGUACUUGCAAUAUCCCACUAUGCAAUUAAAAAAAACCUGAGGUUACCAGAACUUCUCCGAGAUAUCAACUAUAAGCAGUAUAUUCCGGAAUCACUGAACAAGAAAAUUAGACAAAGGAACUUCUUAACGAGAAUACGAAUUAACAAUGUUUUCAGGGACUUCCUCAAGGAGUUUAACAACAAGACCAUUUCUGACAGCAGUGUUUCUCCACAUGAUCUGAAAGUGAAAUACUUAGCGACAAUGGAGACAUUGACAAAGAAUUACGGAGCUGAAAAAUUUGAGAUGUCCUCACUGCUAAUUUCAUCAGAAAAUGAGAACUUUAAUUUGGAUGCUUCUGAAACAAUAAUCCCCUCUUUUGAAGUGAUGGUGACAGGCAAUCUUGGAAUCCAGUGGCGACUUAAACCAAGUAUUACACAGAGUGAAAAAGAAAAACAAAAAAUUAAGAAAAAAAAAUCUGACAACAAAGUUGAGAAAAAUGAAGAAAAAAACAAACGGGAGGAAUGGAACAGUUUUUCUUACUUUCCUGAAAUAACUCACCUUGUGAUCAAGGAAUCUACAGUCUGCAUCUACAAACAAGAUAACAAGAGGAUGGAAUUUAAACUGUCUUCACAUGAGGAAGCUUUGUCAUUUUCUGCUUUGGUAGAUGGAUACUUCAGGUUGACUGCUGAUGCCCACCACUUUCUUUGCACAGAUAUUGCACCACCUCUGAUAGAACAUAACAUUAAAAAUGGCUGCCAUGGUCCUAUUUGCACAGAAUAUGCUAUUAAUAAGCUGAAACAGGAAGGCAAUGAAGAAGGGACGUACGUAUUGAGAUGGAGCUGUACAGACUUCAACAACAUUCUCUUGACUGUGAUAUGUAUUGAAUAUUCACAGCACUCAAUGAAUCAUCCCAAACAGUAUAAGAACUUCCAGAUAGAAAUGCGGAAGGAUGGAUGUCUCCUGCAUGGAUCUGAUAAGUUCUUUUCAUCACUUAAAGAGUUGAUGGACCAUUUAAAAGGGCAGAUCUUGAGAACAGAUAACAUAGUCUUCACUCUCAAACGAUGCUGUCAGCCAAAACCAAGAGAAAUCUCCAAUUUGCUAGUAGCUACAAAGAAGUCCCAAGAGUGGCAGCCAGUCUGUCCUUUAGGUCAGCUGAGUUUUUAUCGAAUACUUAAAGAAGAAAUAAAGCAAGGUGAACAUCUUGGCAGAGGAACAAGAACACAGAUUUACUCUGGGGUACUUAGCUAUAAGGAUGAUGAAAGUUAUCAGGGGGAAAUGCGGAUUAAAGUUCUCCUAAAAGUGUUGGAUCCAAGCCAUAGAGACAUUUCUCUGGCGUUUUUUGAGACAGCAAGCAUGAUGAGGCAAAUAUCCCAUAAGCACAUUGUCCUCCUUCAUGGUGUUUGUGUACGUGAUGUAGAGAACAUUAUGGUGGAAGAAUUCGUUGAGUUUGGGCCUCUGGAUCUUUUUAUGCACCGCAGGAGUGAUGUUCUUACAACACCUUGGAAAUUCAAAGUAGCAAAACAGUUGGCAAGUGCCUUGAGCUACCUGGAGGACAAAAACUUAGUACAUGGAAAUGUGUGCACUAAAAAUAUAUUAUUAGCAAGAGAAGGAAUCGGAAAUGAAUAUGAGCCUUUCAUAAAACUGAGUGACCCAGGAAUUCCGGUUACGGUGCUAUCUAGACAAGAAUGUGUUGAACGCAUUCCUUGGCUAGCUCCAGAAUGUGUGGAAGAUUCCAAAAAUUUAAGUGUGGCAGCAGAUAAGUGGAGUUUUGGAACCACUUUAUGGGAAAUUUGCUACAAUGGAGAAGUACCACUUAAAGACAAGACCUUAGCAGAGAAGGAGAGAUUUUAUGAAGGUCAUUUCAUACUUCCAGCCCCAUCAUGCAAGGAGCUGGCUGACCUGAUGAGGCAGUGCAUGCACUAUGAUCCCAGUCAGAGGCCAUUCUUUAGAGCAAUUAUGCGGGAUAUCAACAAGCUAGAAGAGCAAAAUCCUGAUAUUGUCUCAGAGAAGAAGCCUAAUGCAGAGAUUGAUCCUACAAUAUUUGAAAAGCGUUUCUUGAAGCGGAUUCGUGAUUUAGGCGAGGGCCAUUUUGGCAAAGUUGAACUCUGCAGGUAUGACCCUGAAGGUGAUAAUACAGGAGAACAAGUAGCUGUAAAGUCGUUGAAACCUGACUGCGGUGGGAACCAUAUUGCUGACCUUAAGAAGGAAAUUGAAAUUCUAAGGAACCUUUAUCAUGAAAACAUUGUGAAAUACAAAGGAAUCUGCACCGAAGAUGGUGGUAACGGAAUUAAGCUUAUCAUGGAGUUUCUUCCUUCUGGGAGCCUGAAAGACUAUCUCCCUCGAAACAAAAAUAAGAUCUUCCUGAAACAACAACUGAAAUAUGCUGUACAAAUCUGCAAGGGAAUGGAUUAUCUGGGAUCUCGGCAGUAUGUUCAUCGAGACUUGGCAGCAAGGAAUGUUCUAGUUGAAAAUGAGCAGAGAGUAAAGAUUGGGGACUUUGGGCUGACUAAAGCCAUUGAAACUGAUAAGGAAUACUACAAAGUGAAUGAUGAUCGAGACAGCCCUGUGUUCUGGUAUGCUCCUGAAUGCCUAUUACAGAGCAAGUUCUAUAUUGCUUCAGACGUUUGGUCUUUUGGAGUGACCCUCUAUGAACUUUUGACUUACUGUGAUUCUGAGUGUAGUCCAAUGGCAGAAUUCUUGAAUAUGAUUGGCCCAACUCAAGGCCAGAUGACAGUCACACGGCUAGUACGCAUAUUAGCAGAAGGGAAACGCUUGCCUUGUCCUAAAAAUUGUCCAGAAGAGGUUAACCAGCUGAUGAGAAAGUGUUGGGUACAUGACCCUGGUGAGAGGACAACUUUUCACAAUCUGAUUCAGGGUUUUGAAGCACUCAUAAAGAAGUUAUAAUCUAACGUUUUUAUACUGUUACUGUUAAAUAUUUCUAAAAAUAAGGCAUGUUGCUACAUCUUGUAAGUUUGCAAUUCCUGUUAAUUCCUUUAUGCUUGGAAACAACUUUGCUGCUGCUACUCAGUCAACUCAAGCAGUAAAAGCAUUGAGCGCUUGGCAGUCAACAUCUGUGAGAUGGCCAGAACUGUCACAUUUCACUCAUUUAGGUUCUAACUGGUGAAAAUAAGAUUGGUCUACAUAACAUUUGAAUGUUAUCAGAAUUUUUAAAAGGAAACAGUAGUUUUCACAGAAUAAUGAUUCAGGCCUUAAGGUAUGCAGCAUGCAUUACUUCUUCAUGAAAGUCUUUAAAAACGUUUAUUAUGCAAAAAUGCUAAUGCUAUUUUUGCUGGAAGAGCCACACAAAUAUUCCUAUUCACUGAGAUGGAUUGGAUCUGUACUCCUCAAACUCAGCUAUCCCAUGUAACUAAGUAGGAUACUUUUGGAAUCAUUAUAAAGUGAAAAAGUUUAUAUCGUAUUAUGAACACUUUUAUUAUGGCAUAAAAUGGAAGAAUCACUAUAAAGCAUACUAUUGGGGAAAUUGCUCGUUCCUUAGAUCCCAGCCUGUUUCUUUUUGUAUAUUAUGUAUUUGUAAACUUGUUUCCUGUAUGCUUGGUGCCACCCACCCCCCAUCACAUGUAUAGAGCAGAGGCCUCCCCGAGUCAUUCAUCCUUGUUUGAGGCUUUCAUUUAUUUGCUUCCCUUUAAAUGGAAAGCUGAGGAAAAGGUUUGCUUGAAAUGGUCGGCCUAAACUUGUCAUUCUUGGGGGAAGAAUGUUGGAUUAGGGUCUUUGGGCCAUGGCCAAAUGCCAAUGGCUGCUCCUUUUACUUUCAAGGGAAAUUUCUAAAUGAAAUACCCAAAUAACUUUUUUUUUUGUACAGUGGGUGUUCUGAUUCUUAUGCUGGAAUGCAGGAUUUUUAUAUACCUUCUUUUAUAUGUGAGGAAAAUAGGUAAAUGGAAGAGCAUUAUGUCAAUACUGAAGUGACACAUUAACCCCCAUGCCUGAUAAUAUUUUCGGUAAGCAUCAUGUAGCAGAUCAACAGACUAAGCAGCUGGCCAUAAGAAGUGACCUGUAUCUUUCAUUCUGAUCUGCAAUGCCCCCACUACACUGAGGAUGUUGCCAGAGUUAAAAUGUGAUAUAACUUCAACAAUAGUGUAUGUAUUAUACCUGCAUUUUAUAAAGGAAAUAGUCAGAACUUUACAAGUU